AUGAAAGUGGACUUCACCCUCAAGCGCUUUCCUAUUAACGGUUCUUUGAAGGAGCAGAGCGGGCUGCCCUUCAGCUGUGUGCUGCAGCCCUACCACCGGCUCGGCGAGAAGGACGCGGCGGCGGGGGACGCGACAGCCGUACGCAGCGGCGCUAUUGCCAGAUGCGCACAAUGCUACUCGUACAUCAACUGCUACUGCGUGUUCGACACGGCGGGCUGGGUGUGUUCGUUGUGCAACCGCCAUAAUGCCCUCAAGCCUCAACAACAGAAACGGUACCGGCUGGACCCCUCCAUCCUCCAGGUCCUUCCUGAGGUCCGUUCCGAGGUGUUUGAGACGCUGGCGGAGGAGCCCAUCCCCGUAGCCAUGCCCCCACUGGAGGGCUCUCAGGCGGCCCUACACGACCCGGGCUCCGUGUCCGGUCCCGCCCCGGUCGUGGUGGCGCUGGUGGACACUGCCGCCGGGGAGGAGUUCCUGGAGCUGGUCCGCAGCAGCCUGGAGGCGGCCCUGGAGGCGCUGCCGCCCGUCACAAGGUUUGCACUCAUCACCAUGUCCAACAGGCUGGGUCUCCACGACGUCCGCUCCUCCGAGCCCAGUGUGCGCUACGUGCCCCUCCUGGAGCCGCAGCUCCGCCCCGGGACCUCCGCAGCCGCCGCAGCCGCCUCCAGCCCCGCAGUGGCGGUGCCCCUGGAGGACGUGAUGCCGCUGUCGUGUCUGCUGGCCCCCGUAGGGGGGUUCAAGGGGGCAAUUACCCGGGCGCUGGAGGAAAACGUGGUUCCGGAGCAGACCCAACUUCAUCUCACUCUUCCCGCCCUCCUCUCCCCCUCACCGUUCCGGUUCGCCACUACUGCUGCUACGGCUACGGCUACCGCAAUUGAAAUACGGAAGGGCUACGGGGACAGCUACAGCGGCAGGGCCGACGGUGGCGCCGCCGCCGCCGCCGCCGCCACCGCCCUGGGGCCCUCGGGCGAGGCCCCUGGACAGGAGGCCGGCAUGAGUCGCAGUGCUGCAGUUCCGCCGGCUGGGCUGGCGGCGGCGGCGGCUGCGGCUGCGUCCGGAGGAGGAGGAGGAGGUGGUGGAGGUCGAGGUGGCGUGUCUACGGGUCCCCCUCCUCCUGCUAGGGGUCUGGGUCCGGCGCUGGUGGCGGUGCUGGACUACCUUAAGGUUCUCCAGUCCCCUCCCCUGGCCCCCGUUCACGGCGCUGACGGCGGUGGGGGUGGGGGUGGGGGCGGCAGUGGGGGCCUGGUGGGGGCCCAUGGCGCCGGUGCCACCGCCGCUGCGGUGCGUCGCAUCUCCUUCUUUUCGCAUCUUGCAUUGGACUUCGAGUUCGCCACGCUCGGAGGAUUCGCUGGCGCCGCCACCAGCCUGCCGCCCACUAUCCAGCAGCAGCAGCAGCAGCAGGGGCAGGGGCAAGGGCCUGUGGCAACGGCAGCCAACAGCGCCGCAGAUGGCGCCUCCAGCGCCGGCGCGGCAGUAGCCGGCACCACCACCACCACCGCCUCUGCAGCCGGCGGCGAUGGCCGGCGGUACUGGCUGCAGCGGCGGCUGCGUGUUGCCACAUACCGGGUCAACGUGGCGGCCACAGUCGCUGACGUGUACGCUCACGCCAAUCCGGACGCGGUGGUGACGCUGCUGAUGCACAAGGUCCUGCGCGUGGCGGAGGCGCAGGGCUUUCAGGAGGCGCGGCUGCUGCUCCGGGACUGGCUGGUGGUGCUGGCGCUGUGCUACCACAGGAACGUGCACUCGAGUCUGACUCUGCAGCAGCUGGCGACUGUCCCGGUGGACCUGCACUUCAGCCAGGCGCCCCACCUGGCCCCCCUGCCCCGCCUGGUGUACGCCCUGCUCCGCUCCCCCCUGCUGGCGCCCUUCGCGGACGGCCAGCACCCCGACCUCACCGCCUUCCUGCGCCACCUCUGGAGCGGACUGCCGCCAGCGGAGCUGGUGAGGGCGGUGUACCCCGUCAUGCAGUCGUACACCACGCCGGACCAGCUGGCUUACCCUCGCCACUCUCUGAGCCGGGCUGCUCUGGCGGGUCCGGAUGCGCCUCCAAUCUUCCUGCUGGACGCCUACAUACUCAUCAUGGUGUACUACACCUCCCGCUGCCCCCCCGAGGUGCCCUUCCCGCCGCCGCAACAGUCUGCACUGAGAAAGGCGGUGGCGGCCAUUCGCAGCGAGAGACGAAUCACACCCCAGGUCAAGAUACUGCGCGAGGGCGGUGAGGAUUCGGAGCUGUUUGAUCAGCUCCUCCUGGAUGAGCCAGACGGCCACGACGCCAACACCUCCAACACUACCGCUGCUGGAGGCGAAAGCGGUACGGCGGCCAACGGUGGUGGUGGUGGUGGUGGCGGUUUUGGUUUGGUCCAAUUCCUGGAGCACGUGUCCGCGGAGUCUGCACUGCAGCUGCAACACGAGACGCAGCAGCAGGGGGGGGGGCCUGGGCAGCCGCGUUAA